GAGAUAGUACAAUCAAUCAUAAAGAUAAAAGGUGAAUGUAUAAUGCACAUUGCACCUGAGCUCACUAGAUUCAUUGUGGCCAGUGAUGCGAAUGACUCGAUGCAGGUGUGGGUCGACGGUGCCACUUACCUCUUCUUUGAGGACACUGUCAUCUCCAGUCUGAACAACAACAUCAUUGCCAUUCAGAUACACCUACAGCAUUUGAAACAGGUGUUGCAGUCGGCCGUCAACAUCUCUGGUGACACUCACGUGCGUCUGAGGAAGAAGGACGGAUGCAACACGCCCUUCCUCACAUUCACAAUCACACAGUCGUCACGAGCUGUCUUCCUGACGCAGGACAUCCCCAUCGUGGUGCUGUCCGCGCAGAACCUGGCCAACUUUGUCGAGCCCAAGCUGCCCGGCUCCAGCUUCAACUUCUUCAUGCCGCCACUCAAGCACGUUCAAAACAUGAUUGAGAAGAUGCGCAAUAUAUCCGAUCACCUAACAAUCGAGGUCAACACCAACACACAGCAAGCAUUGUGCUUCUCUGUCGAGACUGGCACUGGAUCAAUCAAGACAUUCUACGAUAUCACCUAUCCUACAAUCGAGGGACAACCUUCAUUGCAAGCAGACAACUACUCAACCAUCAAGGUGGACAUCAAGAAGUUCUCAAAGGCAUUGGUCUCGCAUCAGAUCGAUGCCAAUCAUGUAGUGUGCUGCAUUCACGAGGGUAGCACACUGGUACUACAUGUCAUGGAGAAGGACAUGUCACUCUCAUAUUAUAUUCCUUUAAUU